UGAAAUACUGAACAAGUGGAGGUGGGAAAAAAGCAAGUGGAGGAGGUGGAGUCGUGUUCAGAGGAAGGAAAACUAAGCAGAAGAGCAGGAAAAAAGAGAAAACCCACCAGACACAACAACAUCGGGGGGAGGACGGUGGAUUAAUUGUGCCAACUGAGGCAAUUCAAAUAAAGAGAAGCGCUGCUGUGAAGAAAGGAGGACAGCAAGAUGAUAACGCCCUAUUUCCUGGAACAUUUCUGGGGCGAAAAAAAUAAUGGAUUUGAUGUACUGUACCAUAACAUGAAACAUGGCCAGAUAUCCAGCAAAGAGCUGUCGGAGUUCAUCAGAGAAAGAUCCACCAUAGAGGAGGCAUAUUCACGAUCAAUGACCAAACUGGCCAAGACCGCCAGCAACUGCUCUCAACUAGGGACGUUUGCGCCGGUGUGGGAUGUGUUUAAACAGUCCACCGAGAAACUGGCAGCGUGUCACAUGGAGCUGGGCCGCAAGCUUCAAGAGCUCAUCAAGGAAGUCCAGAAAUAUGUGGAGGAUCAAGCCAAAAAUCAUAAGAAGACAAAGGAGGAGGUGUCGUCCACACUGGAGGCGGUGCAGAACAUCCAGAGUGUGUCUCAGGCCUUACAGAAGAGCAAAGAGAACUACGUCAGCAAGACACUAGAGCAAGAACGCAUGCGCAAAGAGGGGGCCACACAGAGAGACCUGGACAAGGCUGGGUUGAAAGUCAAGAAAGCCACUGAGACCUAUAAGUCAUAUGUGGAGAAAUAUGCCACUGCAAAGACAGAAUUUGAGCAAAGAAUGACAGAAACCGCACAAAAAUUCCAAGGCAUUGAAGAGGAACAUGUACUGCGUAUGCAGGAGAUUAUCCAUUCAUACUGUCAGUCUGUUGAAGAGACGCACAUACAGAUAGGAGAGGUGCAAGAAGAGUUUGUGAAAAACAUGGAGAACACUUCUGUUGAGAGCCUCGUACAGAAACUGGCAGAAAGUAAAGGGACAGGCAAAGAGAGACCAGGGCCCAUUGAAUUUGAGGAAUGUAAUGUCUCAGUCGCCAUGGAAGCUGCAAAACCCAGAAAAAGGAAGACCUUUGCCAUACCAGGCAGACGGAGAGAUAAAGACACCGAUUCCACUGAAUCAGCUGAAGUAGAAGCGGUUAACACUUCCAACGGAGCUCCGCCGGGUUUCUACGGUGCUAUAGAUCUUCAUAACGCCAAUGUGCCUCAGCUGGACGAGGAGGGCUUCUGUAUCCGACCAGAAGUCAAUGAGAAUGAUGCCAAAGAGAACUCCUUUUAUUCAUCCAGCGACUCAGAAGAUGAAGACGAGCCGAGAAAGUUCCACGUCCAGAUCAAACCGGUGCAGACCAACAACGGCACACACCAGCACAAAGCCACCAUCGACGAGCUGAAGGCCUCGAUUGGAAACAUCUCCCUCUCGCCCACCCCUGCCGUUCAUAUGAAGAGAAACCAAUCCAGAAUGACACGACAACAAACGUUCCCUGCUAUGAAACCAAAGGCUGGCGAUGAACUGGGACGGUCCAAGAUAGCGCAGACAUCCUUUAAUGAUAGAUUAUCCAAUAAUGAUCUGCUGUCUUUGGAUCCAUUCGGCCCGACCAGCGCUGGAUCCAGCUCCUCUCUACCCCUCUCAUCAGAAGUGGAUUUACAGUCGGAGCCCACGUCUCCUUCAACAGUCAGUCUUGAGGUUAUCGAGGCUCCUUCUUUCCUCCUUCCCUCCAAACUGCCUCCUCCUGCUGGUCUUGCCAAGCCGAGCUCCUCUCCAUUCCCUGUUCUCCCCUCUGCUUCCUCCAUCUCUCCUCGGGAGCUUCCUGAUAAGGCUGUUGGUGUCCUCCACCCUGGCCCAGCUCGAGCUAUGAGCGUGCCCCCAGCCCUACAGUCCACUCCUAAGGACUGGGCUACCCACAAGCCCCCUCUCAGUGCUCCCGCAACUGGUCCAGACAUGUUUUCUGCCUGGGCCCAGAGCCAAUGGAUUGCCUUUAAUGAUGCUUUUGUGCCAUGUCGUGGACCGUCCCAUCAACCAGCGAGGCCUUGUUCAGUGCCCGUGUCUCAACAGCUCAAGGUUUUCUCCAGAGAGCCUGCUGACCCAUUUGGCAACAUUGGGAGAGAGGAGAGCGCCCCCUCUCUGAAGCAAGCACCAGCCCGACCCAUGCAGGAUGUACCACCUCCAAACAGGCCAACCACUCCCCUGGGCACAGCAACUAUUGUCCCGCCUCCAAGACCAUUAUCACGGCCCAAACUACCUGCAGGCAAGCUGACAGGCAUCAAUGAGGCUGGUCGACCGUUCAGCCCUCCUAAGAUGCCCAGCUCCAGCCCUCCUCCCGCUGUUCCUCUGGCUCGUGCAGAGAGCUCCUCGUCUCUCAGCUCAAACACCUCCUUGAGCACCAGCAACACACCUACUGUCGAAGACGAUCUGUUCGUGGGGAAACUGCCCACUUUUGAGAAGAGAUGUGAGACUCCGGCAGGGACAUCUCGUGGGCCCAGUCCAGUGACACUGGCUUCCCAGGAUGCAUUGCCCAUUGCGGUGGCAUUCACAGAAUCUGUUAAUGCCUAUUUCAAAGGAGCAGAUCCCAGCAAGUGCAUCGUGAAGAUCACAGGAGAUAUGACCCUGUCCUUCCCCAGCGGCAUCAUCAAGAUUUUCACCUCUAGUCCAUCUCCUGCUGUACUCAGCUUCAAACUCUCAAACACCAGCAGAUUAGAGCAAAUCAUGCCCAACCAGCAACUACUGCACAGUGACUCCUCCCAGAGCGACACAAACACUAAAGACUUUAGGCUGAACAUGCCUGCACUGACUGCGUACCUCAGGAAGAGCUCUGAGCAGAACCCUGCUGCAUCCUAUUACAACGUGGACAUCUUAAAGUACCAGGUAUGUUCAAAUGGGAUUCAGUCAACACCUCUAAACCUCGUGGUGUACUGGAAAUGCACUGCUAGUACUACAGACCUGCGAGUGGACUAUCGCUACAACCCAGAGGCCAUGCAGCCCCCCGCAGCGCUCACCAAUGUACAGGUGUUAGUGCCCGUCAGUGGAGACGUCACAAACAUGCAGUCGAUCCCCAAUGCCAUUUGGAAUGCGGAACAGAGCAAGACAUUAUGGAAACUGAGUGACAUCUCUGAAAAGUCUGAAAAUGAAGGCUCUGGUUCAUUGAGAGCAAAGUUUGAGCUGUCUGAUGGUCCAUCCAUCCCUGCCACCCUGGCAGUUCAGUUCUUCAGCGAGGGCAGCAGUCUGUCUGGUGUAGAUGUGGAACUGAUUGGCUCCGGUUACCGACUCUCCCUCAACAAGAAGAGAUUUGCCACCGGCCGCUAUAUGGCUGACUGCUGAGAUCUGAGUAGAGGCCUGUCCGCAGGGAACCUGGAGGUUAAUUUCUGUUCAUUCAUUAAUUCUGUUACUGGUUCUCAAUGAUAAUUAUGGAGGAUGGAAGAUAAAAGAGAGCUGUCUCUGUGAAGGCCUCUCAUGCUUCUGUUUCCUCUCCACAUCCUGAACGAUCCAGUGAAUCACCUUCUGGAGACUUGAGAUUUUUAUACUACAGAAACGUAGCACUGAGUAUCAAACACUGUGUACAAAGAAAAAAGAAAAGAGAGGAGAAGGAAUGUCAGGAAAUUGGUGAAUGAAAUCAUUAAUCUGGGAUACUUUUUGAUCAAUUCAGACUUUUAUAAAGUCAGAACGUUAGUCUUUGUUAAUUUGAAAUGUAUAGUUAACCGUUUGCAUUAUGUAUUAGAGGUGUAUAAACGUAUAGCAUAUCUAAGCAACAACAAAAAAGGACAAAAAACCUGCACUAACAAUCUUUAUGGAUAUUUGUUGAGCAUUCAUCUCUCCGUUUGAAUUCACCCAGAUGUCAGUCACACUGACGAUGAAGAGAGCAAAAGGAGCGGUCUUUUUCGUUAUGAAUGUGCAAUGAAGGUAUAAGCUUUCAAAAUGACAUUUAUGGAUUGUUUUUAAAGUGUAGUGCCAUUUUCACUUUAACGUUGUCAUUGUCAGCAAAAGGAAACUUAUACACUGACCUCAGUGCCUCUUUUAUAUUUAAAAUAAUUAUACAGGAAAAUUUGCAUGUUUAUGGGUUUUUUUUUUUUUUUUGAAGUGCCAGUUCAGCUCUUUAUGCUUCCUGAUGGGAUACUGAAGGGAAAACACUGCCUAAACUUUUGCCUUUGUCCUUCGAACCCCUUUAGAGUGCUUUUCCUAAACAGUUGACUGCAAAGGAAUGCCCUUUUCCCGUGAUAGAUACAAUCCAGGUGUUUUCUGUAAUGCCUUAUAGAUGUGUGCAGAAAUGAUACCAAAUUAAGCACAGAAAAUUUUCCCUGUGAGAAUAUUCUAAUUACAAACACCGACCUGACUAUUUGGAGGGAUCCUUAAUUACAAGCAUCCAAUCUUUUCAGUACAGACUACCAGUUUUUUUUAGAUAAAUUGAUUUUUAAGGGACACUGUAUGUUUUUACCAAAUGUGCCGUCACGUCUGUUUUUGAGUGUUUUAUGUCAAUUAUAAUAAUAAUAAUAACCCGAUUCUUAAAAUGAUACCAAAUACAAAUCGUAAAGCACAAUGAUGCAAUGGGCCAGUGGUAGUUACGGAAAAGAUUAAAUGCUUGCAGGGUCCCACCACCAUGUAAGGGUCUUCUUCGCUUAGUCUUUAUUUCUCAAAUUUCUUUUUUUUGCUGGAACCCAGUGGUGAGCAUUUACAGUGCUUUAAGGGGGCCUGUCCCCCAUACAAGGGCUAUGUGCCUUGUUCUCUUUAGAGGACCAUGUCUCCAAGGGCUACCCCAAUCCCAGCAAACGCCAACACCAUUUUUACCUUAAAAUGAAAAACACUAAUAAACACUAAAUGCCACCAAUGAAGACUCUUCAUUAAUCUGGAACCAAUGACGUUCUUAAGAAUUACGUCUUGUUUUUUUGUUUUUUUUACCAGGAACUUUUUUUGUCCCUUUGAUAGCAACCUAACAGUUUUGUGUACAGCAUAAAGAUUUUAUAUUCAGAAUCGUCACUGUCUUUAUGUACUUGUUUAAUACUUGUGAUUUUGAUUGAUUUGUAUUCAGUAUGCAAUGUGGUGUUGGUUUCAAUGCAGAGGCAGAAAUCAGCUGGUGAACAUCCUGGUCAAUGUAGCAUUCAAAUACAAUACGAUAUUGGCUCCUAUAGUUAAGGGCUUCUUUAAGUGAAUAUGAACUAAUUGUGUAGUUAGCGAGCUGGUUCUUGCUGCCUCUACAGCCACGUCAAUAUUCAAAGUCAUUUUGGAACAUUUAAAGUCUCUUCUUUUAUUUCUUUCCAUGUCUACAUUAAAAAAAAAAAAAAAUGUUUUAACCCACAUAAUGUAAACUAUUUCUGCCAUGUUUCUCUGCUUUAUGAUUCUCUUUGUCUGUAAUAAAUGUGUAAUAUAUAAAUCUAUUCAAAUAUAAGAAAUACUACAGAAUGCUAA